AUGUUUAUAUGUAUUCAGACUAGUCUAAUUAAUGUAAUUAGCUAAGGAGACUCUCUUUUUUGUCUUUAAAAAAUCUAAAAAAAGGUAGAGUAAUAUAUUUGCCAAAAAUUGAAAUACUUUUUUAAAAAUUGA